GCGCCGGCGGCUGACCCGGAAGUGCUCGGCAGGCCCCCCCGUCCCUCACUGGAACGGCAAAAUGGCGGCGGUUUCCGUGCUGCAGGCGCCGAGUGGCGGCUUCAGCUUCGAUAACUGCGCUCGGAACAACCUCUUGGAGGCUGAGCUGGGCCAGAAGGGGCUGCGGCUGCCCGCCGCCCGCAAGACCGGCACCACCAUCGCCGGCGUCGUCUUCAAGGAUGGCAUAGUCCUCGGAGCAGAUACGAGAGCAACGGAAGGAAUGGUUGUUGCCGACAAGAACUGUUCAAAAAUACACUUCAUUUCCCCUAAUAUCUAUUGUUGUGGUGCUGGAACAGCUGCCGAUACUGAUAUGACAACUCAGCUGAUUUCUUCCAAUCUGGAGCUCCAUUCGCUAUCUACUGGGCGACUUCCAAGAGUUGUCACAGCUAAUCGAAUGCUAAAGCAAAUGCUUUUCAGGUAUCAAGGCUACAUCGGUGCUGCCCUGGUGUUAGGGGGAGUAGAUGUCACAGGACCUCACCUUUACAGCAUAUAUCCCCAUGGAUCAACUGACAAAUUGCCCUAUGUUACCAUGGGUUCUGGAUCAUUAGCGGCUAUGGCAGUAUUUGAAGAUAAAUACAAACCAGACAUGGAGGAAGAGGAAGCCAAACAGCUUGUGAGAGAUGCCAUUGCAGCCGGCAUAUACAAUGAUCUGGGCUCUGGCAGCAACAUCGAUAUCUGCGUUAUAAGCAAGAACAAGUUGGAUUUUCUCCGUCCAUAUGAUGUGGCCAACAAAAAGGGGGAAAGGUAUGGUAGAUACAAGUGUGAAAAAGGAACUACUGCUGUUCUCACAGAGAAUGUAGCGCUCCUGGAACUUGAGGUGGUGGAUGAAACUGUACAAACGAUGGACACUUCGUGAGCCAUCGCGUGCAGCCCUUCCGCAUCACUGGAGACCAGCGCUAGUUGUGUAGAAGCCUCCCCGCACCAAGAGAAACACACGGCUGAUUCAGAAUAAAGAGGGUUCUGACCGUUCUCCUCA